GAGCUCCAACUGUCGUCCCAACUCUGACUUCUCACCCGGAGCAGCUGUCGCCUUCCUGCCUGACCCGUCAAGCCGCCACCAUGAACCAGUCCUUCUCCACCCAGAGGGUCUCCUCAUACCGCCGUACCUUUGGGGGGGCAGCGGCACCUUCCUUCCCACGGGCUUCCUUCGGCACCAAGGGCUCUUCUGCCAGCUCCAUCGCUUCCCGGGUCUACCAAGUGUCCCGUGGUGCUGCAGUGCCCACCCUUUCUAGCUUCCGAGCCAGCUACUCAGCCCCGCUGCGUUCGGCCUAUCAAGGUGCCGGCGAGGUCCUUGACUUCUCCCUAGCUGAUGCCAUGAACCAGGAAUUCCUGCAAACCCGUACUAAUGAGAAGGUGGAACUGCAGGAGCUCAAUGACCGCUUUGCCAAUUACAUUGAGAAGGUCCGUUUCCUGGAGCAGCAGAAUGCCCUCAUGGUGGCUGAAGUCAAUCGACUCAAGGGCAAGGAGCCCACGCGCAUAGCCGAGAUGUAUGAGGAGGAGCUGAGGGAGCUGAGGCGCCAGGUGGAGCUGCUGACCAACCAGCGAGCACGUGUGGAUGUGGAGAAGGACAACCUAAUAGAUGAUCUCCAGAAGCUGAAACAGAGGCUGCAAGAGGAGAUUCAUCUCAAAGAAGAGGCAGAGAACAACUUAGCUGCUUUCAGAGCUGAUGUUGAUGCAGCUACUCUGGCCCGUCUUGACUUGGAGAGGCGUAUCGAAUCAUUGCAGGAAGAAAUUGCUUUCCUCAAAAAAGUGCAUGAAGAAGAAAUUAGAGAAUUGCAAUCCCAGCUGCAAGAGCAACAAAUCCAGGUAGAGAUGGACGUGUCGAAGCCAGAUCUGACAGCAGCACUGCGUGACAUCCGUGCCCAGUAUGAGAACAUUGCUGCAAAGAACAUCUCUGAAGCAGAGGAGUGGUACAAAUCCAAGGUGUCUGACCUGACUCAGGCGGCAAAUAAAAACAAUGAUGCACUUCGCCAAGCCAAGCAGGAGAUGAUGGAGUAUCGGCAUCAAAUCCAGUCAUUCACCUGUGAGAUUGACGCACUCAAGGGCACGAACGACUCUCUGAUGAGGCAGAUGAGGGAGAUGGAGGAGCGCUUUGCUGGCGAGGCCGGCAAUUACCAGGACACCAUCCAAAGGCUUGAAGAAGAGAUCCGACAUUUGAAGGAUGAGAUGGCCCGGCACCUACGCGAGUACCAGGACCUGCUCAAUGUCAAGAUGGCUCUUGAUGUUGAGAUUGCCACUUACCGCAAGCUGCUGGAGGGUGAAGAGAGCAGAAUUUCACUGCCCAUUCAAACAUUUUCUGCAAUCAACUUCCGAGAGACCAGCCCGGAGCAGAGGAGCUCUGAGGUCCAUACCAAAAAAACAGUGACCAUCAAAACCAUUGAGACACGUGAUGGGGAGGUGGUCAGCGAAGCCAUGCAGCAACAGCAUGAGAUGCUGUAGGUCUUGUAACUCCCAGAGUGGCCUUGGCCCAUCUCAGCCCUCUCCUCCUCAUGCGCAAAGAUCUGGGGAUGCUGGCUCCCACACCCUCUCCUGCACACCCCUGUUGUAACAGUGCCACUGGAGAACCUCACCCGCUCAACUGAACGUACAAGAAGCUCUCUGUUCCCCAAAGCCUCUCUCCUUCGGCUCCCUUUCUGCUUUCUGCUCUUCCUAUCUCUGGAGCGGGCAGGGAGAGGGCGGAAAGUGAGGUGCAACCAUGUGUGUGUGUGUGUGUGUGUGUGUGUGGUAUGUGCAUGCCUGUGUUAGAGGGGAGGCUUCCUGCCACUGUACGGGGUCUGACCGUUGCCAGAAAAGAAAACUCUCAUCUGCCUUUACAUGUGUCACACAUGCCCUGAGUCACAUAUGUGUGCUCUGAUAGUCAUGUGUAGCUGCAAUCCCAAUCCCAAUGCAGGCCCCUGCCCCUUCUGGGUCCUUCCACUACAGCAGUGAGGAGACCUACCUGCAGGCCAUGGACCGAGAGAGGAAAGGGGGAGGAGACAUGAGCAUAGCCCAGAGAAUGAGGCUGAAUCACUGACCAGCCUUGACUCGGGGACCAAAGCCACAGAGAUGCCCCUGCCCGUGGGGAGCAGGACUCCUUGCUUGGGGGUGGGUGGGUGAUGCUUGCACCUCUAAACUCAGUGAUCGUCUGUCCCUCUUGCCAUGCUGCUGAACAUGCUAUUUUGGACAAGGUUUCCCCUUCCUGUCUAAGUUGGUGUUUCCUACAAGCGUUGGGAAAGUCAGGAUCCCUGAAGGAGAAAGUGAGUGAGGCCACUUAGAGGACUUGGGCCCAGAAGGGGACAAGCCCCCCAUGCCUGCUGUGAAGUGAAACUCCUUGUUUGGGAGGUGGAGUAUAAAGGCCACCAAGGAGAGGAGAAAGAUGCCAGGGGGCGAUGCACCCACUAGUACAAACUUCCCUGCCUUGGGUGUGAUCCCUUCCCCACAUCCCAAAUCUGUCCCACAGGGACUGCUGAAAAGGCCUGCGAAAGACUUGAGGACAAGAGAAGAGAAGGAACUGGCAGGUGAUCAGGUGAUGGAUAUAUGGAGAGGGAGAGUGCUUGAGAGAGUGAGCGGGGAACACUUUGUAAUUAUGAGUGAAUGGAGAGAGAGGAGAUGGAGAGAGACUGAAUGCUCCUAGCCCUACACCCCAAUACAUACCUGGUCCUGCGAAGAGAUAAAUAAACUAUGCAGCACAAAA